UUGUCUGCAGCCUCUUUACCAAGACACACUGGAUUUAGGUCCGAGUCUGCACCGGGUGCUGUUUUCAGACACUGCAAGUUCAUCUAAAAUCUCUGGACAACUCACAAGCAAGAAGGCAACACACAGGAUGUCUGAACUUGAGUACUUGAGUGGAUUUGGCAACGAGUUCUCAUCUGAAGAUCCUCGUCAUCCUGGGUCCUUACCGGAGGGACAGAACAACCCGCAGGUCUGUCCCUACGGCCUCUAUGCUGAGCAGCUCUCCGGCUCGGCCUUCACCUGCCCCCGAUCAGCCAAUAAAAGGAGCUGGUUGUACCGUAUCCUGCCAUCUGUCAAGCACAAGCCUUUUUCUCCAUUGCCCUGUGGGAACCUGACAGAGAACUGGAACGAGGUUGAGCCCGAUCCUAACCAGAUGCGAUGGCAUCCUUUCUCCAUUCCCAAAGACCAGAAAGUGGAUUUUGUCGCUGGUCUUCACACCAUCUGUGGUGCAGGUGAUUCAAAGUCCCGCUGUGGCAUUGGCAUCCACGUGUACAUGUGCAACAGCUCCAUGGUGGACAAGUGCUUCAACAACUCAGAUGGAGACUUUCUGAUUGUCCCACAGCAGGGUGAGAUCUUGAUCACCACCGAGUUUGGGAAGAUGAAAGUGGAACCAAAUGAGAUCUGUGUCAUUCAGCAAGGGAUGCGCUUCAGUGUGGAUGUGUUUGGUGAAACCAGAGGAUACAUAAUGGAGGUCUAUGGAGCCCAUUUUGAAUUACCAGAUCUUGGACCUAUUGGAGCCAACGGUCUGGCCAACCCCAGAGACUUCCAGUGUCCGGUGGCGUGGUACGAGGAUCGCACGGUGGCCACCGGUUACACUGUCAUCAACAAGUAUCAGGGAAAGCUCUUCGCUUGUCAACAGGAGUUCUCGCCGUUCAAUGUGGUCGCCUGGCACGGGAACUACACACCGUACAAGUACAGCCUGAAGAACUUCAUGGUGAUCAACUGUGUGGCCUUCGACCAUGCCGAUCCAUCCAUUUUUACGGUGUUGACAGCCAAGUCCACUCGUCCAGGAGUUGCCAUUGCUGACUUUGUCAUCUUCCCUCCUCGGUGGGGCGUGGCCGACAACACCUUCCGCCCACCUUAUUACCACCGCAACUGCAUGAGUGAGUUCAUGGGACUGAUCAAGGGUCACUAUGAAGCCAAAGAGGAGGGUUUCCAGCCUGGAGGUGCCAGUCUGCACAGCAUGAUGACGCCUCAUGGCCCGGACGCUGAAUGCUUUGAGAAGAACAGCACCAGUGAGCUUAAACCUGAGCGUAUUGCAGAGGGCACCAUGGCCUUCAUGUUCGAGUCUUCCUUCAGCAUGGCCGUGACCAAGUGGGGUCUGGAGACGUGUCAGAAGCUUGACAAGAGCUACUACCAGUGUUGGGAAACCCUCCGCAGUCACUUUAACCCCAACUGGAAGCCCAAACACUGAAGACCUCUGCUAACAAAACAAAGCCAUAAGGCUACUUCAAUAAAUCAAGCAGUCAGUGUAUUUUUUGUGUGGUCGAAGAGAGAAAACAUACAGAUCAAUUGAACAAAUCAUAGUUCUGAUAUUUUACUCCAUUCAUGUAUAUACACCUCUUUUCCAUUCCUGACACACACUACUGGUUCAUCUAGGAUUUAAAAUGCCUCUUUUGGGGUCUCUUCAGUGAGCUGUUGUUUCACCAGGACUCAAGAAGCUCUCUUCACUGCAUCACCAUGACAGACGCUGGAGAUUCAUCACCUUCACGUUAUUUCAGUAGUGACCCGAAUUCACGGCCAGGGUAGGGGAAACAAACGUAUAGAACCGAACGACUGAUAUGGAUUUCCUCACAAGCUGUAUUCUCCCUUUAGCUCACUGAACUCAAAAUUAGUCACCUUUCAGCCACAACAUACAAAUCAUUGAACAGUUUUGACAAGAUAACUUUAUUGUGUUAAUAAUUACAUCAUAAUAACAUGGUGGGCUUUUUACAGUGGGCCUCAUUUGGUUAGAUGGAAGCGGCGAUCCACUUGUCCCUCUUGAAUCCUCUUCUCCUUUCUGUCCUGUAAAAACAAACACAGAAGAAUGUGUAUUCCAAACAGUUUCCAUGACAACAGCUGCUAGCUCCCUGUUCACCUUGAAGACAUUUCCUUUACAGUGAAAUGUGACAUUUUAUUUUUCUUUUCUCACCAGCCUAUGAAAGACUGACUAUUGUGCCCAUUCUGUGAUUUAGAUAGUGAAUCUCCAUCACAAUGCAGGAGGCACACAUCCUUUCAGCAGAGGCUUUCAUUUCUAAAUCGGAAUGCAGCUGCGAUGACAGAAGAAAUGUCCAGCUCGGUGAGAAGCAAGAGGAACUUUUAACUAAAUUGCCUUUUUUAUAUAAAAAGUGUCUGGUGUUUUUGUGUGAUUCUCUUGUAAAUUUGCCAACAAUGCCAUUGUGAGGCUUUCCUCAAUUACAUCAGCACCUUUCACAUACGUACAUAGAAAACAACACUUUUGACGCUUAAUUUGCAUUCAGCCACUAGUUAGACACAGUGUGACAAAACAAAUGAGGCAUGUACCCUGUCUGUCUUGAAGAGAAAGUAGAGGCCGAAGAGCGGGAAAAUUCCAAACAUGAAGCCCAUCAG